UCAUGGUUUUACAUCCUGUUCUAUGAAAUCGACCGAAAAACCGUAAAUGCAGUUGGUGCUUUGAUCAGGUCGUUUUCAGACCUGUUGUUUGAGUUGUUAACGAGAAAACGUCGUCUCAGGAUGGAGGUCCCGUCGCUCUGCGUCCUGCUCGCCACGCUGAGCGUCAGCCCCGACAGAUCUCAGUUCUUCCGGUACGACCGCGUCGUUCUGAACUGUUCCUCCACCUCCAGCGGCUGGACGGUGAAGAGAACCACCCGGAAACACGUCGACCAGGCCUGCGGGAACGGCUGGUCCGUCCCGGGAAACUCGUCCUGCACCAUCCGGUUCACCUAUCCGUCUCACACCGGAGUGUACUGGUGUGAGUCCGAACAGGGCGGCUGCAGCAGCAGGGUCAACCUCACCGUGGCUGAUCGAAGCGUCAUCCUGGAGAGUCCUGCACAUGGCGUGAUGGAGGGAGGCAACGUAACCCUCCGCUGCUCCUACAAAGAAGAAGAAGAUCGUCAGUCCACGUCCAUGUUUAACGCCAGCUUCUUCAAGGACGGUGUGUUCAAAGGGACGGACGGCAGGGGAACGCUGACCCUUACGGGGGUGUCCACCGCCCAGCAGGGCUUCUACAAGUGCAAACACCCCACCAAAGGAGAGUCAGCAGAGAGCUGGCUGGCAGUGACAGAACGAGCUGGGACGGCCGUGGUGGAGACGACGCCUCUCGUUCCGUGGAUCAGGGUGGUUUGUGGAGUCCUGCUGUUCCUUUUCUACAACACCCUGCUGGUUGUGUCCGUCUACACCUACUGCAGGUGGUACCGAGCUAAACGCGACGCAAAAAACACGAUGAUUUGACGACGUCCAGGAGAUCAAAUGGAGAGUAGCAAAAUUAUAUUUUUUAUUAUUGUAUUAUAUUUUUCUGCCAAAUCAUUAUUUGAAUAAUUUAUCUGCUAUUAAAGUCAUUGA